AUGCCUCAUAUCCCUCUCUUCUCCUCUUUCUGGCGCCAAAUAACGACUGUUACUACCAAAUUCAAAUCCAAAAAUUCGAAUUACAAAACCCUCUCUGCACUCCAAUCAUGCAAAUCCACGGAAGAUUUGAAGAAAAUCCACGCCCAACUCAUCAUCACAGGCCAAAUCAAAGACACUUUCAUAGCAACCAAAACGGUGGAAUCCUAUGCCGUUUCCGCCCGAAACAUCGAUUACGCUUUCUGGGUUUUUGUGGGCAUCAAUUAUCCAGAUUCUUAUUCGUGGACAACGAUGAUUAGAGGGUUUGUAGAGGCCAAAAACCCCGAAAAAGCUCUAGAAUUUUAUGGCCUCAUGAGGCAGAGAGGCGUUGAGUUGAAUAAAUUCACUUUUCUUUUCGUGCUUAAGGCUUAUGGGUUGAGGCCCAGUUACCAGGAAGGUAGAAUUGUUCAUGGGAAGCUUGUGAAAGUUGGGUUUUGCUAUGAUGUGUUUACGCGCAAUGCACUGAUUCACAUGUACUUGAAAUGUGGAAGUAUUACUGAUGCACACCUAUUGUUUGAUGAAAUGCCUAACCACAAUGUGGUUACAUGGAAUACAAUGAUAACGGGUUGUUUUGGCUGUGGGGAUACUGAGCGUGCGCGUAGAUUGUUCGGUGAAAUGCCUGAAAGGAAUGUUGGAUCAUGGAAUGCAGUUGUGGGUGGGUAUUCUAAGUUGGGUCACGUUGAUAUCGCAAGAUCAUUGUUUGAUUUGAUGCCGGAGAGAGAUGUAGUGUCAUGGGGUUCCAUGAUUUCGGCCUAUGUUCAGAAUGGUAGGGCUGCAGAAGCGUUAGAACUCUUCAAAGAAAUGAUGCUUGCAGGGGUUAGCGCAGAUAGCAUAAUCAUCACUAGCAUUCUUUCAGCUUGCGCUCAAAUUGGAGCACUGGACAUGGGGAGGUGGAUUCAUGCUUAUAUGAAGAGAAGCAAACUGAGGAACGAUGUUUUCUUGGACACUGCCCUUGUGGACAUGUAUGCCAAAUGUGGGUGCAUCGACACAGCAUUUGGAGUAUUCAACACUAUGCCGCGAAAAAAUUUAUGUUCCUGGAACGCCAUGUUAUCAGGGCUUGCUAUUCAUGGCCAUGGAUUUGCUGCUCUGGAGCUCUUCAAACAAAUGGAAUCCACUGGAGUUGGACCAAACGACAUAACCUUUGUUGCAGUUCUAUCAGCAUGUAGUCACAUAGGAUCAGUCGAGGAGGGGUGGAAGAAAUUCAAUCAGAUGGACAAGGAGUUCAACAUCACUCCAAAGGUUGAACACUAUGGCUGUAUGGUAGAUAUCCUCUGCAGACAGGGGCUCAUAAAUGAGGCUAAAGAGAUGAUCAGAACCAUGCCAUUGGAGCCAAAUGUAGUUAUAUGGGGAGCUUUGCUUAAUGCCUGUAAGGUCCAUGGGUACACCAAUGUUGGUGAGGAUGUGGUGGGAUAUAUUCAGAAACUAGUCUCAGAAGACGGGGGGUGUUACGUGCUUUUAUCAAAUAUAUUUGCAGCUAAAAGUCAGUGGAAUGAAGUUGAGAAGACGAGGAAGAUGAUGAAACAGAUGGGAGUAGAGAAAAAAAUUCCUGGGUACAGCUCUAUAGAAUUGGAUAGUGUGGUUCAUGACUUCUUUGCUGAAGACAGGUUACAUUCUAAAUGGAGGGAAGUGAGUACAGUUAUAGAGAGACUAAACACUCACUUAGAAGUCAAGGGUUAUGAGGCAAAUCCAUCAUUGGUAUUGUACAAUAUAGAUGAGUAG